AAGAGGAGAGGGAAAAAAACCAAAAUUGCGUAAAAGUGCGCCCCGGAGCUUCAUGGACACGCUCAGAAAUCCUCAAACCAACUCCAAAAGAAGACACAAGUUCAGCACCAAGGAUAUCUCCAAGCAGUUUUGAUGUCAGGUGAAGGUGAAGUCAGACUGAGGGAGAUUUUAUCUUUAGCCAGGUAACGGACUUGAACAGCUUUACUUUCUGAUCGGUGCGUUAUUGAGCUGCGGUGAGGCAUGAGUGGAGGUCGCUUUGAGUUUGACGACGGCGGAGCUUACUGCGGAGGCUGGGAGGGGGGCAAAGCCCACGGACAUGGCAUCUGCACCGGACCCAAAGGCCAGGGCGAGUUCUCCGGUUCCUGGAACUACGGAUUCGAGGUGGUGGGAGUCUACACUUGGCCCAGCGGGAACACCUACGAGGGGUACUGGUCGCAGGGGAAGCGUCAUGGUCUGGGGGUCGAGACCAAAGGACACUGGAUUUACAAAGGGGAAUGGACUCAUGGGUUUAAAGGGAGAUAUGGCAUCCGGCAAAGUAUUGGCAGUGGAGCAAAGUAUGAAGGGACGUGGAAUAAUGGGCUUCAAGAUGGAUAUGGAACAGAAACGUAUGCUGAUGGAGGUACUUUCCAAGGUCAGUUCACUGGCGGGAUGCGGCACGGCUAUGGCGUCCGUCAGAGUGUCCCCUACGGCAUGGCAGCAGUUGUCCGCUCCCCUCUUCGUACCUCCCUGACCUCCCUUCGCAGCGAGCACAGCAACGGCACCGUCCUGCAGCAAGACAUCCCCGUCAUCACCACCACCAAUGCUUCGGGUGAGGAAACACCUGUCGCCACGCCGACCCAACUGGGACCGUCCCGUGGUGGCUUCGCCCUCACUCUCAUGGUGGACCCAGAUACCGUGAAACCCAAGAAAAAGGGCCUGUUCCGCAGGAGCUCCCUGCUGGGCAAGCUGAAGAAGUCUGAAUCAAGCACCUCGCUGGCCAGCCAGAAGAGCAAGAUCAGCUUCCUUAGGACGGAUUCGGCUCUCAGCUCCAACGCCAGCGACACCAACUCCAGCAUCGGGGACGAGAGCCUGGCCGGAGCUGAGGACUUCCCCCCAGUGGAGGCCGACAUUGACGCCACCACCACAGAGGUCUACAUGGGCGAGUGGAAGAACGACAAGCGCUCAGGAUAUGGAAUAAGCGAAAGGUCCAGUGGGCUAAAGUACGAGGGCGAGUGGCUCAACAACCAGAGGCACGGCUACGGCUGCACCACCUUCGCAGAGGGAGGGAAGGAGGAGGGCAAAUACAUGAACAACAUGCUGGUGAAGGCGAUGAAGAAGAGGGUGAUCUCGCUGAAGGGAAGCAAGAUCAAACAGAAGGUGGAGCGGGCGGUGGAAGGAGCUCAAAGGGCUGCGGCCAUCGGCAAGCAGAAGGCCGAGAUCGCUGCUUCCAGGACGAGUCAUGCAAAGGCCAAGUCAGACACAGCUGAACAGUCAGCUCAUGCCUCCAACAGUGAGUCCAGCAUUGCCAGACUGGUGGCCAAAGAGCUCUCCCCGUCCUUCUACCAGCCAGGUCCGGAGUAUCUGAAGAAGAGAGUGUUACCCGAUGUUGGGGAGGGCGGCAGUGAGAACACUGAUCCAGUCAUGCAUGAGCCGCUGUUGGCUGAGGAGGAGCCGCCGCCUACACCACCCGAAAGCCCACUCAUGAAUGAACUGGACAGCCUCAUGCCUGGGUCGUCCCUAGGUCGCACCCCUUCCCCCAGCCCAGGCAUUAUGAUCAAGGAGGACCCCAAACUUCUCGGUCCAGGCGGCUGGAAUGAAGACAAAACCAGUAAAGGUGGUGGCAGUAAGGGUGGCAGUAAACCCAACAGCAGGCCGAGUAGUCGCCCCAAUACACCUUCAGCAACCACUACUGCUUCUACCUUGGCUGCACCUGAGGGCAAUCGUGUCCCCUCUCGCACCCCAAGCCGUCAGAGCAACAAGGCCGAGCAGGGCUCCGACCUGGAGAUCAAGGCUCUGCAGAAGUAUGACUCCGAGGCAAAAGCUCCAGACGUCGCUCCUGCUGCUGCUGCUGCCCCUGUAAGGAAUAGCCUCAUCGCCCCAGAUGAAGAAGAAGUGCCUCGCCCCUCCUCCAAAGUGUCCUCCAAAGCUAUCAACACUGAGUCUAAAAAACCUGAGCUCAAAACUGAAAAAGCACCAUCAGUCCGCGAGCGAGUGCCGUCUGUCUCUGAGAACAAAGUGGAGUCCAGGGAGGCGAGCAGGCCUCCAAGCAAAGCAGAGACAAAACCAUUAUCAAGACGACAACCCAGUCCCGCUCCGUCCCCCAAACCUGCACCAAAACUUGAACCUAAGAUAGUACACAAGCAAUCAGAAGUCAAAGCCACUGUUAACAAACUAGCACCAAAGGUGGAACCCAAAGCAGAGGCCCGACAGAAGGUCAUGGUGUCAAGCCCUAGUAAGGAAGUGCCUGUGGAGUCUAUGGAGUUGGAGGGCCCAAACACCAUAAUGAUCUGCAUGGUAAUCCUGCUCAACAUUGGCCUGGCUAUUCUCUUCGUACACAUUUUGUCAUGA